AUGGGCGCAAUCCUCAACCUCUUCCUCCAGCUCCUGCAGGUGUUUUGCGGGGGCAAGACCCAGCAGGGGCACCAGCAGGGGCACCAGCAGCAGGGCAAUCAGCAGCAAGGCUACCCAGGCGGUCAACACCAAGGCGGGCAGCAGGGCUAUCCAGGCGGUCAACACCAAGGCGGGCAGCAGGGAGGGUGGGGCCAGCAGCAGUAUCCUCCUCAACAGCCCCAGCAAGGGGCGUGGACGUCAAGCAACGACGGACCAGGCAACGACCAGCAGUACCAGCAGUGGCGGAACGAGGCUCGUCGGGAGGGUGAUAUGGCUCACAAAUGCUUCGCGGACUCGCAAACCGCAUACAAGUCUGGUGAUGGGGGUCGCGCACACGAUCUCAGCCAGGAGGGGAAGCGGCAUCAGGCGAAGCAGGAUCAGUUGGAUGAUAAGGCUGCCGAGUGGAUUUUCCGUGAGAACAACAAGACCCAGCCGCACGGCACGAUCGACCUGCACGGCCUAUAUGUCAAGGAGGCGCUUGAGCAAGUCGAGAAGGCUAUCGCAAACGGACAGCGCUCGGGCCUCGACGACCUGCGUAUCAUCACAGGCAAGGGCAACCAUUCUGCGAAUAGACAGGCCAAGAUCAAGCCAGCUGUCGCGGAGAUGAUGCGGAAAUACAACCUCUCAGCCGAGAUCGACCCCCGCAACACGGGCGUGCUGGUUGUCGACCUUCAAGGUCGGCAGAUGGGCGGGCGGACGCGCGACGCCGGUGGACUGGUUGACAGCAUGGGCGGCGACAAGGACGGCUGUGUAAUAAUGUAG